UGGCCGCCAAUGUGAAAUCCAGGAAAAAGUAAAAAUGAAGUUUUAAACGAGUUAAACAGCGUUUUACGAUGGGAAGGAAGAACCAAAUUACAAGCGAUGACGAUUUAAGAGUUGUUGAAACAACAGAGGGCUCGAGUUCACCUAAGAAGAAGCACAAACACAAGCAUAAGAAACACAAGAGAAAACGCGAUGUGACUGAGAGUGAGAGUGUUGGAGAAAUUGAGUCACCAAAGAAAAAGAAACGAAAGAAAAAAGAAAGGGAAAAAGAUGAAGGAAGAUCAUCCCUAAAAUUAAAAAUAAAGUUGGGUGGAAGAACUUUGACAACUAAAGAGGUUCCAACGAUAAGUCCAGUGACGGAGAUAUCUGGCAGUAAAGCAGCCAAGCAGAGCUCGAAACCAGAACAACUCACAACAGCGUGGGUUGAUGAACCAUGGCAAGCGGAGGAUGAUUCAUGCGACGUACAAGACUUGAAAAAUACUGAAGAUCAGGAGGAAGAAGACUGGCUUGAUGCAUUAGAGGCUGGGGAACUUGAUGAUUUUGGGAGGUUGAAACAGGAAAUAGAUACCAGCAUGAUGACAGCAAGACAGCGAGCAAUGUUGGGUCAUGAAAUACAAGGUGAAAAUGAGCUGGUGGAACUACCAACAGUGAGGAAAAAGGAUGAGAACUCUGAGGAGGCAGUGAAACGGCGGAAACAACGAGCAAAGAAAAGAAAACAACAAAUGGAGAAACAGAUUGAAGAAAAUAAAGCACAAACAAUUGAAAGACUCUUGAAAAAACAAGUGAAAUCCAGGAAAGAAGUUGAGAAACAAAAGCGUAUUCAAAAGGCAGAUGUACCGCGGGUUAUGUAUUUGAACAACAAAAAUGGCAUUUCCAUAUCUUUUCCUGUUGACAUGGAUGUGCCGUUCAAAAGGGGAGUUCCUAGAAGUCCUACUUCAGAGCCAGUGAUGUGCGCUGCACACGGAUGUGGAAAUGCUAAACGCUAUUCUUGUUCUCAGACAAAACUACCCCUCUGCAGCCUAGGGUGUUAUAAAAAGAUACAACAGACAACCACGGUUGCUAUGAGUGUAGCAUGAUCGAACAAGACGGUGUACCUGGU